AUGGAGGAUUUCAAUGGCUGGAUCCAUCAGGGUGGUUUGGUUGAAAUGAAAUCGAAAGGCAAAACAUACUCCAGGUGCAAUGGGCAGUCGGGUCUUGCUCAGUCUUGGGAAAAAUUAGAUCGGGUAUUGAUGGAUGUUCCUUUGAUCGCUUCUUUUCCAAAUGCAAUAUAUUCCUAUCUUCAGCGCACUACGUCCGAUCACUCUCCUAUGGAUAUUGUAUUUAAGAUGGAUCCUUUCUCUUAUGGCCUCUCGCCUUUUUGGUUUCAACAAAUGUGGGUGGAUCAUCCGCAGUUUUUAAUGUGUGUUCGCCAGGCAUGGUCUGUGCCUGUUGUUGGUCAUGGACUCACUAAAUUGGCAGUCAAGUUGAAGAAUACUAAGGUGGCUUUGCGGGAAUGGAAUAAACAUAUUUUCGGCCAUACCACUAUGCAUAUUAACUCUCUUGAGAGUCACAUUGAAGAGCUUGAAAAUAAGCUACAUCAAAGCUGGGAUGAAGCAACGGAGAGGGACCUUCUUGUCUUGUCUUCGGAACUAGAUACUUGGCUUCACCGUGAAGAAACAAGAUUGGCUCAAAUUUCUAAGUUAAAAUGGCACGGGGAAGGUGAUCGAAAUACAAACACUUUCCAUGCUUGCCUUGCCAAUAAACGGCGUAAAAGAGCGGUGGAAAUGAGGUGUUCGAAUGGGAUGGUCUUCAAUUCGCCGGAGAGUCUUCAUCAAGGAGCAGUGGAUUUCUUUUCUAAUUUUCUGCAAGGCAUGCCGACUAGAUUGUUACCUGACUUGUCGACUCUUAUUUCACCUGUUAUUUUAGACUCUGAUAGUUCUAUUAUGUGCUCAGUUCCUACUAUGAAAGAAGUUUUCUCAGCUUUUUCUUCUAGCCUGUCUAAUAGUGCUCUAAGACCUAAUGGAUUUGGUUCGGGUUUUUUCAAAAGUUAUUGGGAGGUAGUGAAAGAGGAUGUCUUGGAAGCCAUAUCUGAAUUUUUUGUUUCUAAACAGCUUCCAUGA